AUGUCGAUGGACAUCGUGAUGCCACUGGGCGUUGGUGCUACCAAUGUGGUGAUGGCAAUGGUCGUGCUUCUCAUGGAGAUUGUGAUCAUAGCUUGCUAUAGAAGCAUCUACGCAGACUGGGCUAAGGGUCAGGUGAGGAAAGGGAAAGGAUUCAAGGGGCCAUUCAACGUUUCCACACCAGAAGAAACGGUGCUAGAGAUAGUCUGGCAUAUGAAGUGGAGUGAGCACAAGGUUAUGUUGCUCAACCUGUUGGCUCUGAGUGGAUUGAUGAUCGGGGGUCUGUUGCUAGCUGAGUCAAGCAUAAGUGCUUGUGAUGUAACAUUGGUGGAGAAUGCAGCCACUAAGAACUGGAACGAAGACUCUGCAUUAUCCCCAGGUCGGAGGGAGGAAUUGUUCCGUCAAGUGAUCGACGAUCAAGUCACAUUGAAUGAGUGCAGGGGUGUAGAUAUGUCUGACAUGACGGAGCUCACUGGUGAAUGCUCACAAGCUGCUAGCAUUCCUGCCCUAUAUGCAGCAGCCGUCAAGAAGAUGAAGGGGAAGGAGACUCCUAAAAUAGAAUUUACAAAGAUAGAUCAAGAUGACGAUGUGGAUGUAGACUUUGUACUAUAUGGAAACCUGGUUGUGCAGCCAGUGACUAAUUCACAUGUGAGAUCUGUCGGCCAUCAGGCGAAUUACACCUUUAGCAAAUGCCAACUGGAAGGUGGAGACCCAUUGUCAGCAGAUCCAGCAAGGCCAUGUGGACCAAAAGAGCAAGAAGUUGUUGAGCUGGAAGUCUAUCGAGGUACACCGGGUUACGAUGGGGGUGAUCAGGUAUUUUUGGUUGAGCAGGCGUCAGGCAAUUGGUCCAUUGUAUUAAACUGGGAUUCGGAGAAUACAACAAUACCAUUGCAUGGGUUCAACUGCAGCCGUAUGGCAAUACAUCAGGGUAAAAUUGGAGCAUGCAUGCGUCAUAAAAAACCAGCCCCAGUGCAAAAUGAGACGUUGCUAGAAAUGCUACGACCGUACCUGACGAUGGUGGAUUUGAUGCGAUCGGACGUUGUCAUUGUAGACUUCUGGCAUCGGCAGGGAUUGCAAAAUUUGACCAUUGCCCGAGAGGAUGGAGUGUAUUGGCUCUCAUCAUACGUAGUAGCAAAUGCUUCCACUGAGUUGGGCUGGGAUGACUCAUCUCUGGAAGUUUUGGCCAGUAUGAUGGAGAAUGUUGCUGAUGUCUAUCUCAAUGGGGAUGGAGCAGAUGCAUCUACAGGAGCCGCGGCAAUCGCUAUGUAUGCUCUUGGAUUCAUGUUGGCAGGAACAACUAUCAUGGACGUUGGAAGGUUCGAAGCUAGGGCAUGCAUCGAAUUAGCUGAUUGGUCCUUGCUGACAGCCUUGUUGAUCUUUAUGGGCGCCAUAGCCGUGAUGGCCAGGAUUGCUGCAAGAAAGGAGACUGCAGUGCAUAUGCCUAUGACAGCACGCUCAUGGUUCAACCUAGGCGCAAGAGAGCAAGACAUGGGACAUGAAUGCAACAGGGAGUGGAAUGGCCAUCCAUAUGUCUAUGGGCUUGCGACCACAUUGGAAGGUGAGCAGCACAUAGGAUAUACACAAAUCCCGGAGCCUGUGAAUGUGGAGCUGCAAAUAAGGUCUUGCCGUAAGCAGCAAUCCUCAUGGAAAGGAGCAUCCUGA